UAUCUUCGUGAAGAUCUUUAAAGAGCAUAGAAAAAAAGUUUCAAAGUUUUCCUUUGUUCUUGUGUUGUAUCUUAUAUUUGUAAAGAAGAUUAACUGAAAGAUGACAGUGAUAAGAACAAACAGUUUUAAAGGAACAGAGUCAGAAACUAUCACGAAGCCGAAGAAGAAUUCGAUAAAUGUAACAAAUUGCGAGCCUUUAAAACUUAUGCUACACACAACAUUGUCAUUCAAAAAUCUGGUUCAAGUUCAAGAUUCUGUUGUGGCCCUUCCUGAACCUGCUCUCAUGUUUUCACCCCGACCUGUUUGUGAACUCGAUGCUGCAGCUGUUAAGCUUCAAAAAGUAUACAAGAGUUACAGGACUAGAAGAAAUCUAGCUGAUUGUGCUGUUGUUGUAGAAGAAUUAUGGUGGAAGGCAUUAGAUUUUGCAGCUUUGAAGAGAAGUUCUGUUUCAUUUUUCAACGUUGAAAAGCCCGAAACUGCUGUUUCUCGAUGGGCUAGAGCACGUACAAGAGCUGCUAAGGUUGGAAAAGGAUUGUCCAAAGAUGAAAAAGCUCAAAAAUUGGCUCUGCAGCAUUGGCUAGAAGCUAUUGAUCCACGACAUCGUUAUGGCCACAACUUGCACUUCUAUUAUGAUUUGUGGUUUUUGAGCGAAAGCUCUCAGCCUUUCUUCUACUGGUUGGACGUUGGAGAUGGGAAAGAAAUAAACCUCGAGAAAUGUCCAAGGACAAAAUUGCACCAUCAAUGCAUCAAGUAUCUCGGACCAAAGGAGCGGGAAUCAUAUGAAGUAGUCAUUGAGAAUGGGAAGCUUGUAUAUAAACAAAGUGGUGUAUCAGUUAAGUCAGUAGAGGGUUCCAAGUCGAUAUUUGUUCUUAGCACAACAAGGACAUUGUAUGUAGGACAGAAGCAAAAGGGCACAUUUCAACAUUCGAGUUUCCUAUCAGGUGGUGCUAUCACAGCAGCUGGAAGACUAGUUGCUCAUUCUGGAAUUCUGGAGGCUAUUUGGCCAUACAGUGGUCACUAUCACCCAACUGAAGAGAACUUCAAGGAGUUCAUAAGCUUUCUUGAAGAACACAAAGUUGAUCUUACAAAUGUUAAGAGAUGUGCAGUUGAUGACGACAAUCUCUCAGAGGCAUCAAACAGCCAACCAUCUGUUGAUCUUUCAAUUGCUAAAGAAUCUGAAGAAAGAAACACAUCAGAAUCCAAGAAACCAGAGGAUGUCAUCAUCAAUAAGAAAGCACAAACAUUUAGCUUCUCCAAACAUUUGUCAAGCAAAUGGACAAGUGGAACUGGACCUCGUAUUGGCUGUGUUAGGGAUUACCCUACAGAACUACAAUUCCGAGCACUUGAACAAGUUAAUUUGUCGCCUCGGGUGGUCAAUGGAGAUUUCAACUUCUCUAGUCCAAUCCCCUCACCAAGGCCAAGCCCAAACAUUAGGCUAUCACCUAGGAUUGCACAUAUGGGACUACCGAGUCCCCGGACACCAAUUUCUGUGCCUAACUAAGAAACAUUCCAAACAAAUGAAGUGACAGACCUCCUCGACUCCACACGGAAAAUUAGCCCGCGGGAGGAACAUACUAACUCAAAUCUUCAACUUAUUUGUUCAUUCAUAUUUGUAUUCCAAUUGAAUUUGGAUUUUCAAAUAAGACAAGACAUGAUUAUGGUUCCUUUGUAUAGAUUUUUUUUUGUUGUUGAAAUAAUCUGAACAUACAAAUUUUUUUUAUAUAAGAAAGUUACCAAAUAACAUUUUAUUGGAUA